GUCACCUGUUGUCACCUGUUGUUACCUGUUGUUACCUAUCCAGGUGUUGUCGAAGGCGUUGUUGUACCUGGCCAUGAACACCGCUGGUCUGUUCAUUCACUACCUGUCAGACCGGACUCAGAGACAGGCCUUCCUGGAGACCAGACGCUGUAUCGAGGGACGAGUCCGACUGGAGCGAGAGAACCAGAGACAGGAGCGUCUGGUGAUGUCCAUCCUGCCUCGAUUUCUGGUUCUGGAGAUGAUCGCUGACAUGGCCCCCAUAGAUGAAUAUCUGCUUCCUCAGCAGUUCCAGAAGAUCCACAUCCACCACUACAAAGACGUCAGCAUUCUGUUUGCGGAUAUCAUCGGCUUCACCUCUUUGUCGCUGAUUCUUUCGGCUCAAGAACUCGUUAAAACUCUGAAUGAACUUUUUGGUCGCUUCGAUAGGCUGGCAGAGGAGCACCAGUGUCUGCGCAUUAAGAUCCUGGGGGAUUGUUAUUAUUGUGUCUCUGGAGUACCGGAGCCCCAGAGGGGACACGCCCGCUGCUGCGUGGAGAUGGGCCUCAGUAUGAUCAACACCAUACGUUACGUCCGUCGGGAGUUGCAGCAGGACGUGGACAUGAGGAUUGGCGUCCAUUCGGGUUCAGUUCUCUGCGGUGUUCUAGGUCUUCAGAAGUGGCAGUUUGACAUCUGGAGCUGGGAUGUGGACAUCGCCAACAGCCUGGAGGCCGCAGGAGUGCCGGGGCGGAUUCAUAUCUCGCGGGCCACUAUGGACUGUCUGGGCGGGAUCUACGAGACGGACACGGGGCAUGGCCAGGAACGCAGCGAGUUUCUACGGAAACACAACAUCGACACCUACCUGAUCCGCCCGACGCCACGGGAGGAGGUGGAGCCACCGAGAACGAGGCGUCCGAGUUACGACUCGAUGACGACCUGGAGCGCCGAGCUGCCGUUCGGAGACAUCCUGGGAAUGAACUUUAUCCUCGCCACCUUCACAAACGGCUCGUUAACACAGCUGCCCAAUCAGAUCGCAGCGCAGCGGUCGGGAUCACGGGAGGUCAACAAGAGGAUCUGUCAGGCCAUGGAGGUCCGGAGCAGCGAGCGGAUGAGGAAGGAGCACAUCACAACGUUCACUCAGGUGUUCAAGGACUCCAACAUGGAGGGAAAGUACUCCCAAAUGAGAGACGAACUCUUCAAGUCCAACAUGGUGUGUUCGUUCAUCCUGCUGCUGCUGCUGAUGGCUGUCCAGGCACUGAUCCCCGCCCCACGGUACACCUGUGCCCGUCCUGAAAUCUCUGGUCUCUGUCUACUCUCCUCCUAUCCUGUCCCCUCCUACCUGUGCCGUUCCUGA